UUUUUUUUGUAGUGACGCUGCAACUCACUAGUGGGCUGAAACUGCUUGUGCUGCUCUCAAAAGAGACAGAAUACCGAUGCUUCAUUCUCUAAAGCCACUGGAUGUACCAAAGGCGCGACCUGCGCUAACAUGAAACAUGAGAUCAUAACUAUUUCUGCAAAAAAGCAAGCAGAUGGAACCGACCACACAUGUGUCGGACAUUGUGUGUCGCGAUAUGGCGCCAUUUUUGCGCAAUAUGUGAUAGCCCUUGUGGUAUAUCUGCGCGCACCACCAGUACAUAAACGCCUGCCAUCCAACAGUAAAGAUGUCGCUGAAUCGCUGAAAAUCGUAACCACCAAAUCUAGUACAUACCACCCAAUAACCAAAACCAUUCCAAUAUCAUAACCACCAAUCCUA